AUGCAACUCACCAACCUUUUCUUCACCUUCUUGCUCGCCACUGCCGUCGCAGCAAAGGGCAAGAAUGGAACCCACACCCACGAUGACGGUCAUGGAGACGGUCACAAACAUGGAGAUGACCACAACCACGGAGGUGACAAGGCCAUUAACGAUAAGAGCCUUUGCAGAGAAAUGGCCCAACUCAGCCACCUCGUCAAGGUCGCUUCCAACGACACCAAAGUCGCGGAAAUGACCAAGAACAACGCAACCAAAAUUGCACAAUUCAAAACAAAGGCAGCUGAGGCAUCUACCAAGUUGACCACCAUGCAAUCCAACGCCACUUUCGUGAAUGUUUGCAACGUCAUCGGAGCUGAACAGAGUCUCAAGGCCGAAUGCAAGAAGAUGCGAUCCCUCCAGAAGCUCAAGACCUUGGCCGGAAACGAGACUGCCAUCACUGAAAUGACCAAGGGUAAUGCUACAAAGGCUGCUGCUUUGAAAGCAAAGGCUGCUGAGGCGCAGACCAAUCUGGAUAAGAUGAUGGCCAACGCUACGUUCGUAGAGGCCUGCAAAUCUCAGACGGAUGCCAAGAACCAGAAAUCUGGUUAGUACACAGCUUCUUCUCCCCUCUCAAACUCGAUGCUAACAAAGAAUAAAAAGGUACCAGUCCCGGUGGCGCACAAGCUGCUGCUGCUUCAGGCUCUCCCACUCCCACUCCUUCAGCUGCUGCUGCUGCUGCCAAUUCGGCUGGUCUUAUGUUGAUGGCCAACACUGGAUUCAUCUCCACGGCCAUUAUCGUCGCUGCUGGUAUCUUGAUGUUGUAA